CCUCUUCACGACCGCCGAAACCAAGUUCGUCCAUGCAGUUCUCAGGAACAUGGAGGGCGGCAUCAAGGCAUGUUCGUGACCAGCAUUGGUCGCCUGCCAGCCUUCCUUGAACAGUACAGAUUGCACCCAGGCUGACUAUCUUUUCUAUUCACAGUACAACAAGGAAGCUGUCGCCCAGGAGCUCGGUAUGAAAGACGCCGGCAGUGUCGGAGCUCGAUGGAAUACAAUCUUCCGCACCAAAAUCGCAGCCGGAGCGGCGUCCUCACCGGGCUCUACCAAGGCGAACAGUAAGACCAAGACCAUCGAUGACAAAGACGAGCCGCAGACUCCCACGAAGAAGCGUGGUCGGAAGCCGAAAGCAACUCAAAUCAGGAACGAAGACGAUGAUGAGGUGGCAGCUCGACCGUCCAAGAAAGCGCGGGCGGAUUCUGUGGCUGAUGCUGAGUUCGAGGGGGGGAUCUUCAAUGAGAAUGCUGCAUUGGUGAAGGAGGAGUACAUCGAGUGAGCCGAGCUGUGAGAUCUCAUUCCAAACAGCUGUAGUCAGUAGCGUGCGAGCGAUCAACAGACCUCCCUGUGUCUCGGAUGACAUGCCGAACCUUUGCUGUAUUUGACAAUCCACU